AUGACCAGCGAAUACCUCAAGAAGUCCGCCGGGAAGUUCUACAAGAAGCUUCUCAACACCAUCGACGGCCAAGACUUCAACCGCCUCGCCCAUUGGGAGUCCCGUAACUCUACCAAGAAGUACAUCGAUCCCGACAACGGCCCACACGACGAUUUCGAACUUGUCGAGAUGCGCACUCGACGUCGCGCGGAGUCUAGCGAGGGCGACUUCAUGAUUGAUGAUGGACCAAGUGUGAUGCAGAAGUUGAUUUCGAGAUUCACCGAAAAGGCCCUUCAUACAGCAGCCGAAGCCGCAGGAUACAGCAAAGAAGCCGCCGUCUUUGCGACAAAGUACGUUGCGGUGGAAAUGGCGCGCGACGUGGGCUGGAUGAUUAAUUGCCCAACUGCCGUGGAGGUGAUGCGCAAUGUCAAGCGCCGGUUCUCGGUCUUGGAGGACAUUCAGCGGGCGUAUGAAGAUGGUGCGAGAGGCGUUGCGGUGUUGCAGGAGAUGGAGAUGGUUCGCACGCAUGCGCCCAUUGACGGUGUCAAUCACCCUCUCGACGUGAAUGUGGCGUCGAAUCUGGAUGAUCUGGCGAUUAUUCGAGAUGAUAGCAUUCGUCCGGAAGUGGCGUUCCUGUACGGCAGGGCGUUGGAGGUUCGAGGACGGAGAAGAGAGAGAGACUGA